GGAGGUGGCGAUCUGCACCUAAACGUUUGAUCUGCAAGUCGUCAAUGAACACAAAGAAGAGGAAAAUAGGCUGGCUGAGAGAAUUGAGACGAUCCAGUCCAGCUGUAUUGUGUGUCGGUAAUGCUACGCUCGUGCAUCCAAAACACACCCAUUACAAAGGAAAGAAAUCGAGGUAAAGUUGUGGAACAUCCAGGUGAGAACAUGAGUGAUCCAGAACCCUGCAGAAUUAAACAGGAAGAGACUGAAGAACAAACAGACCUAAUUGAAGAGAACGAGGAGGGUGAAGAGGAGAAACAACAUGUCAAAGCCAAAAAUAUACCUCAAUUACAGACUUCUGAUGUUUGUUUUCUGAAUAGAAGCAACAAUCAUUGCAUCUGCACUGAGUGUGGGAAGAGUUUCAGACUGUCAUCGUCCCUUAAAAGACACAUGAUGAUCCACACUGGAGAGAAACCAUUCACCUGCACUCAGUGUGGGAGGAGUUACAGACAAUUAUCAUACCUUAAUAAUCACAUGAGGAUCCACACUGGAGAGAGACCAUUCACAUGUACCGAAUGCGGGAAGAGUUUCACACAAUUAACAUAUUUUAAUCGACACAUGAUGAUCCACACUGGAGAGAAACCACACAAAUGUGAUCAAUGCGGCAAAGAAUUUUUGAGCUCUUCACAGCUGAAGAUGCAUCUUAGGAUUCAUACAAAGGAGAAACCGUAUUACUGUUCUGAGUGUGGAAAGAGUUUUACACAGCAGGCAAAUUUAAGAAAACAUCAUAAGAUCCACACUGGUCUGAAAGAGCAUAUGUGCUUAGAGUGCGAGAAGACUUUCAUUACGGCUGCAGAAUUGAAAAUGCACCAGAGGAUUCACACUGGAGAGAAACCGUACACGUGUUCACACUGCAACAAGGGAUUUGGUCAGUUAGGAAGACUGAAAGCACAUCAAAUAAUUCACACUGGAGAGAAACCGUACAAGUGUUCACACUGCGACAAGGGAUUCAGUCAGUUAGGAAAACUGAAAACACAUCAAAUGAUUCACACGGGAGAGAAACCGUACAAGUGUUCACACUGCAAUAGGAGAUUUUAUAGUUUAGAGCAUCUGAAAAGACAUGAGAGGAUUCACACCGGAGAGAAACCGUACAAGUGUUCACACUGUGACAUGAGAUUCAAUCAGUCGGGAAGCAGGAAAAUACAUGAGAGGAUUCACACUGGAGAGAAACCGUACACAUGUGAUCAGUGUCUGAAGAGUUUCUCACGUUCAUGUUAUCUUAAGGAUCACAUGAAAAUCCACAGUGGAGAAAGCUGAACAAAUGACAUCAAUGCAGCAAAACAUCUUCUUGUGUGCUAAAGGGGUUUCAUGUCUAGACAUCAGAAAACUUUGACUUUCUUGGGAAUCAAUCACUCUGAAUUUAGAUUAGUCUCCUGUGAUGUUCCUCAGGGAUCCGUCUUAGGUCCCCUAUUGUUUAGUAUCUACACGAGGUUGGACGAUGAAAUCCCUGGUUUUAGACAUCAAAAAUUCAUUAGAAUGUGAAGGUGGACUUACCUGAAAUCAAUGCAUGUUUCACAUUGUCCAUAGCCCAAGAUUUUCACUGCUGGCACCAUUGAAAUCGAUGUUUGGCAAUUGGCAAGUGUGAGCAAAGGUUUGACCAAUGAGUGGUACGGUUCAGUACGCUUUUAUGGCCGUUUCCACAGUCAAAAGGCGUACCGAACCGUACCCCUUUUUCAGCACCCUUUCGAAAGGGUAACAAACACCAGAGAUGGUACCAAAAGGUGGAGCUACACGCGCGGCUGAUUGCUCAGUUGGAUCACCCCUCGAAUCUUAUUAUCAAUUUAAAACAAUGGAAAAUAAAUAUGAUAGGUAGAUUAUGACAAAAAGUAAACAGGAAAGAUCCUGGCGACUGCUGUAGCUCUUAGCUACGUUUGUGAACAGUCCAUGUUUAAAGCCUUUUUGUGUUUGUUUUGGCAGAUCUGCUCCUCCUCCUUUAGUGAAGCUCCUCCUCCUUUAGUAAAGUUCCUCCCGCAGUUUAGCUAUAAGUACUGGAAUAUUCCCAUCAGUCCACAAGAGAAGACGAGCAUUAGACUAUCAGGAAAAGAAGUGAAGUCUGCAAAGAGUUUAUUAAAAGCCAGAGAGAACGAAGUGAUCCAGAACCCUGCAGAAUUAAACAGGAGGAGACUGAAGAACGAUCAGGUUGGUGUUUAUUACAGUGUCUUCUGAUGGCUACUUCCAGCAGGAUAACGCACCAUGUCAUUAAGCUCAAUCAUCUCAGACUGGUUUCUUGAACAUGACAAUGAGUUCAUUGUACUCAAAUGUCCUCCACAGUCACUAGAU